CUGAUCAAUGGACAGAGCCUCUUCGGCGGCCAGCAGCGCUACAGACACGCCGUGAACAUUUGCGCAGAACCCAGAUGUUUUGGAGCGGAGGGUGAAUCAAGAUGCGUUUCUUCCUGGUUUUGAAUCAUCUAGUUUUUAAAGCGGAGCUUCUUCGCACCUGAUCAGACUCUUUGUCUCUGACUGGAGCUCCGUUGGGGGUGUGGAGGAGGAUGGAGCGAGGAGGGGAGAGUCCUGUCGCCCAGGGCAGUCCCGAGCGGAGGGGCGGCAGUCCGGACCUUAGCGGUCUCCCGCCGCCAGGAAAGAAAAGCCGACUGGAGCUGAAUGGGAGCCCCACCGGGCCACGAACUCGCCACAACGGAGCCCCACCGCGGCCCCUUGGAGGUCUGAUGAUUCCCGUAUUCUGCGUGGUGGAGCAGUCGGACUCGGGGCUUCAGAGCGACGGGUGUGAAGGAAGGGAGGAGCACGCCGAGUUUGUGCUGGUCAGGAAGGACAUCCUCUUCUCCCAGCUGGUGGAGACGGCCCUGCUGGCACUGGGCUACUCCCACAGCUCGGCCGCGCAGGCCCACGGCAUCAUCAAGGUGGGACGGUGGAACCCUCUGCCCAUCCACUUCCUCACAGACGCGCCUGAAGCGACCGUGGCAGACAUGCUGAUGGAGGUUUAUCACAUGGUCACGCUCCACAUUCAGCUGCAGAGCUUUGCGAAGCUGGAAGAUCUGCCCUGUGAGCAGUGGAACCACGCGACUGUCAGGAACGCUCUGAAGGAGCUGCUGAAGGAAAUGAACCAAAGCACUCUGGCCAAGGAGUGUCCUCUGUCUCAGAGCAUGAUUUCCUCCAUAGUGAACAGUUCUUACUAUGCCAAUGUCUCCACUGCCAAAUGUCAAGAGUUUGGCCGUUGGUAUAAGAAGUACAAGAAAAUCAAAGCAGGGGAUUACCUGGAGAAGAUGUGGGCUGGUCGCGACGCCGCAGACAUUAAAAUUGAGAGGGACAACAUGUCGGACUUCUGCGUGCUGGGGCCGAGGCCCCCGCCCCACCUGGCUCAGCUCACCCACCUGAGUGCCGGCGGCCCCCUCCUCAAAGCAGGAUCCGGGGACCCUCAGGCCCCAUCGCAGCCACUUCAGCAGCCCCCUCUGCCCCAACAGCAGCCAUCGCCUCACGGCCCCCUCCACCACAGCCCCCCCCUCCGCACAGGGCAGGUGCCUCCUCCUCCCCCGCCGCCUCCGCCGGGUUCGCUGCAGCCCCUGCUGGGGCCAGGUGGGCUCCUCUCGCCCCAGCUCUCCCCGCAGCUGGUUCGCCAGCAGCUCGCCAUGGCCCACCUCAUCAACCAGCAGCUGGCCGUGAGCCGCCUGCUGGCCCACCAGCACCCUCAGAGCCUCAACCAGCAGUUCCUCAACCACCCGCCCAUCCCCCGGGGUUCCACCAAAGGAGCGGGCGACCAUCCCGGGAGCAACCCUUCGGCCGCCGAGGUGUCCUCUGAAAUCUACCAGCAGGUCAGGGAUGAGCUGAAGAGGGCCAGCGUGUCCCAGGCCGUGUUCGCCAGGGUGGCCUUCAACCGCACACAGGGCUUGCUGUCGGAGAUCCUGAGGAAGGAGGAGGACCCCCGCACGGCAUCCCAGUCCCUGCUGGUCAACCUCAAGGCCAUGCAGAACUUUCUGAACCUGCCGGAGAGCGAGAGAGACCGCAUCUACCAGGAGGAGAGGGAGCGCACCAUGAACCCCUCGGUGGGGCUGCCCUCCUCCAACUCCACCAACCCCGGAGCCCAGCGCCUCACGCAGAAAGUGUGGGAGAGGAGCCUGGACGACCCAAUAGCUCCUGACACCUGGGCAUCCAUCUGGAAGAACAAGACGAAGAUCUCCAACUCUCCGAAGCCGUCCGCCCCAGGUCCAGACCUGCCUCUGAAGCUGGAGACACUGGUCAACAUCACGUCGGGCAUCUACGACGAGAUCCAGCAGGAGAUGAAGAGAGCCAAAGUGUCGCAGGCUUUGUUUGCCAAGGUGGCAGCCAACAAGAGCCAGGGCUGGCUGUGUGAGCUGCUUCGAUGGAAGGAAAACCCCAGCCCCGAGAACCGCACCCUGUGGGACAACCUGUGCACCAUCCGGAGGUUCCUGGCGCUGCCGCAGGCCGACAGGGACUUGGCCUACGAGGAGGAGUCCCGACACCAUCACAGCGAACGGCUGCAUACCGUCCUCCACCUGCCGCAGGACGCUCAGCUCUACUUUCUUUCUCGCCAGGCACUUCACAGGCCACCCCAGCUUCAGGUAAAGGAGCACCACUUGUCUCCGAUGCGCGACGAGCCGCUGCCUGCCCAAGCCAACGAGGAGAGGUCGCAGAAUGCGGUAGUUGGAGCAGCAGGCGGAUGUCCUCCUGCUGCGGCCAGUGGCGCCGGCGGCAACAAGAAGCCGCGAUCACGCACUAAGAUUUCCUUAGAGGCCCUGGCCAUACUGCAGAGCUUCAUCCAGGAUGUGGGCCUGUACCCAGACCAGGAGGCCAUCCACACCCUGUCCGCGCAGCUCGACCUCCCCAAGCACACCAUCAUCAAGUUCUUCCAGAACCAGCGCUACCACGUCAAGCACCAUGGCCGCCUCAAGGAGCUGGGCGAGGGGGCGGCGGCCAGCGGUGGCGUUGACGUCAGCGAGUACAGGGACGAGGAGCUGCUCUCCGGCUCUGAGGACCCAGAGUCCAGCGAGGAUGGGGCAGAGGAGAUCUACCAGACGGCCGAGGGGAGCAGCGGCAGCACGGGGGGCCUGAACCAACCCCUGACCUCCUGCAGCUCCACCCCCAGUCAGUCGUCCUCCGGUAGCAGUGUCACUCCAGAGGAGGGCAAGGACAAGGGGCCCGGCCGGCUUGGUGGUCCUCUGGUUCCGGGCGGCUCCUCCUCAUCCAGUCCUCAACAGCAGACUGACUACCAGAGGUAGAAACCGAGCAACAUCGCCAGAUCAGGACGAAACUGGAGAAGAAGACUCUAGGAAGUUGUCAUGACAGCAGCAAGCGACGGCGUGAGGCGUGGAUGUCCGAGACGGCACACUGAUCUGAGAUCCCACAUGUACAUGACUCAAACAGUUCAUCGUGACAAUCUCCCAUCUGUGGAAUUUGUGAAUUUACCUCAGAAAAAGACUGCAGGUUUUUUUAGGAGCGGUUUGUGUUAACUGUGACCAAAUGACCACAGAACCGUUUUAUUGUUUCCCCCCCCUUCGCUGCUCAAGCAGGAACAGUCCCGCAACUUCUCUGCCACAAAGGGAAGUUCCUCCUUCUGAUCACUGAAGUCUGAGCACACCUCACCGGGAAAGUCCUCACCUGACUGUCAGGUUCUCUCCCCUCAGAGGCGACGGGAGCCUGAGGCUUUCAUCCAUCCUCAGGAGAUGGUGACGCUGCUUUCGCCUGCCUGAGAAUGCACACAGACAAGCUUUAAUUCGACGAGGGAGGAGGGCAACCGAGGCUCCAUAGCCCCCGGUAGUCCUGUCUAGCACUUAGAGUUCACACGGACUCACUGCUGUUAGGGGCGACCUUCUGCUCUCCCCAAGGGACAGUCGGGCCUGACCCACCUUCCUGGCUACACCCGUCAACGUGUGGUGGAAGAAAAAAACAAAAAGUACCCAGAAGGUUUAAAGACAGCGCCUAGAUGUUCAGCAACCAAACAAUCAGUCACUUUAUGUGCGGUAGUCGUCCCUCCUCCCCUCCCUGCCCACAGUCCCUGUGUUUCACCACACCUACCCGCACUUAAACGUCACCAAGCCUAUUUAUUGCUAUCUUUAUCCAUGAUUAUUAUUAUCAUUAUUUUUAUUAUUGUUGUUAUUAUGGUUAGAAUUGCUGUCACUGCGUGCUAUUUCUAGGUUUUAUUUCCAUGGUCUGAAGCGGCGGUUUCCAGAACUGGGCGGCUGUGUGGACAACAGACAGUAAAAGUUUCGGUUCCGCCGUCAAAAAAUGGGGGACGAGGAAAAAAAGAAAAGAAAAAAAAGUCGGCGAGGCUGGACAAACAUAAAGAGAGGCAGUUACUGAUGUUACUGGGUAAAAUAAAAAUGUCCUUUCAUGUUGUGUUAUGUCAUUUUUUUUAUUAGCUGCCCCCCACCCCCCUCCUCCAAAAAAAUAGGAAAGACUUCUUGGAAGGUCAGAAUCCAGAGUGCUUCUUUUGUGCUGCAGUUGAUGACAAUCUACUUUUUGAGCUCUUAAAGAAAAGUGGCAGGUUUAACUCUGUUGUUAGCUUUUAAUGUUUGUAAAUACCCAAAAAUGGGAUAAAUUGUUGUUAUUAUACUUGGUUUUUUUUUGUUUGUUUCUUUUUUUUUUCUGUGUUUUUAAAAAUUUGAGCCAGUUCGGAGAGACGGAGGACUCAGUGAAAACUUUCAACAAGGCUAUUUAAAAAAACACACACACACACACACAUGCCCACACACACACCCCCAUGCUCUUCUUAUUUGAUGUCUGGUGCAGUCGUGUAAGCGUCCAGUAUGUUUGAAAUACUAGCAUGGAUACCGUCCGGUUCAACGAUGUGAUUGGCUGCUGCCCAGCGAGCUGCCUAUCCAGUCAGUGCUCUGUGUGAUGAUGAUGAUGAUGAUGAUGAUGUUGUGUUCUUUUGUGUGACAGGAAUCAGGGUUAGACUCCAGUAAGCAAAUCUUUGUCCAUAAAUGUUGAAGUGAAUUAAAAUUUGUGCAUUCAAAACUG